UACUUAUCAGCAUCGCUGCCGUAAUACAUAGAGGAUAGGGGUACAUGUCCCUUCGGUAGCAGUAGCUGUCAAGAUCAGUUUUGUCCUUGUUGCUUUCGUGACGCACGGCAGCGGUUACAAUGUGUAUAAAUGGUGGUUAAGCGCAAACGUGAGCAAACUCUCUAAAGAACAGCCAGACGAAGCCAUCAGAGGUGCGAGGGAGUGUUUCUUCGCAGGAAAGAAAAUUGUCUUGUGUAAAUUUGUUAAUUUUGGUAGGUUUUCAUUGGAAAUUUUCUGUUACCGAGUGCCAAAAUGGAAGGUGUGCUAAUAUUUGAUCAGAAUAAUGAUUUGAUAUAUCAAAACUUUAACGAUGCAAUGCGUGCCAAAAUGUGCAAACAUGCAAUCGAUCUUGGGUUGAUGGAGAACGAAAAAAGGGAUCCGCGGAAGGAUCUAGACAACAAUGUAUUGAUUCAAAUCUUCAGCCCUUUGGUAGCCUCCCAGAGAAUUAUGAUGUGCCAAUUUGAUAAUGCUUAUACGUCGGUGCAGAUGGAGAGCAACUUGAACUUAGUCUUCGAUGAGUUUUUGGGAUAUUUAUUUAUACAAAUAAGCACCAAGGAAGUGGAUCAUAUCAAACGGGAACUUGGUGUUUGCAUCUGUCUUCUGAAGCACAUUUGUGGACCAAACAUAUACAUAAUCAAAAACAACAUUAAAAAAUCGCAACUUCUAUCUAGUUUGAUCAGCACUUAUCGGCAAAUGUAUCUGGGAAACCAGGGAAUCCUAGUGGAAGCUAUCGAGCAACUCCUCGUCAAUGCCGAUGUGAAGAAUACCGUAGUGUCGUCCCUGCAGGCUGCUACAGAAAAGCUCAAACAGGAUCCACACUCGCAACGAAGUCAUUCCAUAAUGUUCGUUGGCAAUAAGUUCCUUUCACUGUACAGCAGCCGACAGGCUCAGGAGCUAUCCCCCGCCGAUAUGCUGUUUCUGAACAUCUUCUGUCAAACCCUGGAUCGCGGAGAGCACUCCAAACGCAUUGAAUCGCACGUGGUAUUCCUUCAGGGAUGCUCUAAUCAGACGACCUCCGGAUGUAUUCCGCACAUCGUGCAUGUUUGCAAGCUGUUUGAUGACGUAUUUUUGGUUUUGUUGAUCGAACAUGGUAAUAUUGCUUUGUCGGGAAACUUGUACGACGUGUUUUUUGCCCUACAUAAACUGCAAAAUAUCCAAAUGCAAAUGGAUGUCGAUAAUCUAAGAUCCGCGUUCGAUAGUUUGGAAACGUAUGUGAAACAUACGAUGGAUUCUUUGAAGAAAAUCAAACACAACAGUCCUGAAGCAGAUGAGGCUGUCAGAGUUUUAUCCUUGAAGUGGGAUAAUCUCCGCAAACGAUACGCAGAAUACUUCAAAGCAGCCGACAGCGCUCUACUGGUGAAAGUCGAAAGCAAUAUGCCGAUGUUUGUGGAAGCGGUGAAGGAAGUUUUCAAGCUGCUCUGCGCAGAGUGCAGUACCCUGGAGCACGGAUUGCAACGGGUUACCGAUAUAGCCGAUAUGGUCCAGGAGAAGCUGACGGAGGUGUUCAACUUUCUGCAAAUCAAAUCGCAGAAGAACUUCUGCAUGGGAUCAUAUUUAGAAGAUUUUCCAGGCCUGGUACAUUUUAUACACAUAGACAGAAAUAAUGGAAGGAUCGUGGCUCCUGGACUAGACAUGGAAGAAGCUACAAACGUGCUCAAAGAAAGGAUUUGGUCCAUGGUAGAACUUUCGCGAACCUAUCUACACAAAGGUCACAUGUCGAUGAUCUGGAAGGACGUUACAUUCAGCUAUGGUUAUUUCCUAUGGUUCGAGGACGCCAAUGGGACUGCUUUGAAGCCGAAAGAAUUCCCAGAUUUUUCUGCAAUAUCGACGAAACCGCAACUGAUUGCCGGAAUUCUAUCGGGAGACUACUAUCAGCGCAUGAUAGAAACAUGCUUUCCGAGGACUCAAGCUAGUAAGAUUCGCUGCUACGAGCUAUAUUGCGUUCAUCUGGGAUUGGUUACACCAACGAAUGUGCUGGAGCACUGCAGACGGCUAGCUGUUACGAUUACCGAUCUUACAGGGUGCGUUGGGAAUCCGAUAGAUUUGUUGUAAAUCUCUUGUCAUGCCCUUUUCUACAUUUCGAUCAUGCCUAUCUAAUUUUCCUUACCAACACUUUUUGUAUGGAAAAUUCAUAUCGAACGAAAUGCAGAAUCGGGAUGCGUAGGUAUAGGUAGGGGAAAUAACUCUAAUGUUGGCCUAUGGAUCUAAGAUUGGGCCCAUCGCUAAAAUCUGCUGGGUUAG